GAUUCAACCAACAAAAGGAAUCGUACAUGAGUCUUUUUCACAAAACCCUUUUCUAGUUCUCUCUAAACCUCUUUUGCCUCCUUUCUUCUUCUUUUCUUUCUCCCUCUUUUUGCUUACUGAACUGACCGACCCACCACCAUCACCAACCGUUUCUUCUCCCCCUCACAUUCCCCUAUGCCACUGCCAUUUUCCCAUCCUCAUCUGUUCCAAUCCCCAUGGCCUCCCCCGCCGCCUCUUUCCUCUUCUUCCUCCUCUUUUUCGGUGCUCCGACGGCCAGAUCCAGCCAUUUCAACCGUCCCGCCGUUUUCAACUUCGGAGACUCCAAUUCCGACACUGGCUGUCUUGUUAGUUCUGGGAUUGAGGCCAUCGGCCCUCCUUAUGGUCACCUCUUCUUCGGAAACCCUUCUGGAAGAUACUGCGAUGGCCGACUCAUCCUUGAUUUCCUCUUGGAUGCAAUGGAUAUGCCCUAUUUGAAUCCAUAUCUUGAUUCCCUUGGCGCCCCAAAUUUCCGAAAGGGGUGUAAUUAUGCGGCUGCAGCGUCGACCGUUCUUCCGGCGACUCCUACAUCUUUUAGCCCUUUUUCCUUUGGAGUUCAGGUGAAUCAGUUCAUUCAUUUCAAAGCUAGAGUUCUUGAGCUUCGAUCCAAAGGUAAGAAACUUGAUAAGUACCUACCAGACGAAGAUUACUUUGAGAAGGGGCUUUACAUGUUUGAUAUUGGCCAGAAUGAUCUUGCUAUUGCAUUUUACUCCAAAACUUUGGAUCAAAUUCUUGCUUCAAUACCCACCAUUUUAGCUGUGUUUGAGACUGGACUUCAGAAAUUGUACGACCAAGGGGCUAGGAAUUUCUGGAUACACAACACUGGUCCUCUUGGAUGUUUGGCUCAAAAUGUUGCUAGAUUCGGAACUGACCCAUCAAACCUUGAUGAACUUGGAUGCGUCAGUUCGCACAACCAAGCUGCCAAGCUUUUCAAUCUACAACUCCAUGCUCUCUGCAAAGAACUACAAGAAGAAUAUACAGAUACGAAUGUCACAUAUGUUGAUAUCUAUACAAUAAAAUCCAAUCUCAUUGCCAAUUAUUCCCGAUUCGGUUUUGAACAACCUAUUAUGGCUUGUUGUGGCUAUGGAGGUCCACCACUCAACUACGACAGCAGAAUCAUCUGUGGGCAAACUAAGAUAUUGAACGGCACAGUGGUCACAGCGAAAGGAUGUGAUGAUAGCUCGGAGUACAUCAAUUGGGAUGGAAUUCAUUACAGUGAAGCUGCAAAUAAGUAUGUGUCAUCACAAAUACUCACUGGAAAGUAUUCUGAUCCACCCUUCUCAGACAAAAUGCCUUUCCUUCUCAAGCUCAAGUUCUAGGCUUGAUUUUAUAAAUUUCAUCUCCAUGAUAUCUUUGCCAUCCUAAUGUGUCUAAAUGUAGGGAAGUGAAAUAAAGAUACGACCAACAAUGCACUUACGUUUAGACACUGUAUAUAUUGUGUACCUAAAUAAAAAAAUUAUAAUGAUUUUAAACAA